UGAGCUCAGUGGGGAGAGAACGUCCUGGUUGAACAGCACUGUCACUCUCUUUCCGGCAUCCAACAUGGCCGACACGGCUAAGAAGGAGGACUUGAGUCAGCCUGGGAAGAAGCUUCCAGCUGUUCCUGAAACCCUCCUGAAGAGGAGGAAAAAGGCAGCUGAGGAUCGAGCAAAAUCCAUCAAGUUCCAAAUCCAGGCAAAUAAGAAGCGAGCAUCCCGAAAGAGGGAGUAUUUCAAGAGGGCCGAGAAGUAUGUGGCUGAAUAUCGUGCCAAGGAGAGGGACCUCAUUCGUCUCAAGCGUAUGGCAAAGAAAUGUGGAAACUUUUAUGUUCCAGAUGAACCUAAACUUGCCUUUGUCAUUCGAAUCAGAGGUGUGAACGGUCUACAUCCCCGUGUCAGGAAGGUCAUGAAACUUCUUCGUUUGAGGCAGAUCAACAAUGGAGUCUUUGUGAAGCUAAACAAGGCAUCCAUCAACAUGCUUCGGAUCUGUGAGCCGAACAUUUGUUGGGGCUACCCAAGUCUGAGUACAGUGCGAAACCUUCUCUACAAACGAGGUUACUGCAAGCUGUAUCACCGACGUACUCCCAUCACUUCCAAUGAAAUCAUCGAGAAACGACUGAAGAAGCGUAACAUCAUCUGCAUGGAGGACAUAGUUCAUGAGAUCUUCACAGUUGGACAGAACUUCAAGUAUGUCUCCAAGUUCCUCUGGCCCUUCAAGCUGAACACCCCAAGUGGAGGAUGGAGAAAGAAGACUACUCACUUUGUGGAAGGUGGGGAUUUUGGAAACCGUGAAGACAAGAUCAACGAGCUUCUUGCCCGUAUGAUCUAGACGUCGAAAAUACAUGUAUCUUGAUCGCAGAUAGAUGUAUAAUCUAAACCUAAGGAAUUCAAGGAAUACAUCUGUCCGUGAGCCCCUGCC